CCGAGGGAGACGUGGACUUGAGUGAGGCGGCGCAGUCCCGGGCCCUGCGGCGGAAGUGGGUCUGCUGGGGCCCCUUGGCGUGUGGUCUGUGUUCCUACCGGCCGCACCAUGUCGAAGGUUUCCUUUAAGAUCACGCUGACGUCCGACCCGCGGCUGCCGUACAAAGUACUCAGUGUUCCCGAAAGUACACCAUUCACAGCAGUCUUAAAAUUUGCGGCAGAAGAAUUUAAAGUUCCUGCAGCCACAAGUGCUAUUAUUACCAAUGAUGGAAUAGGAAUAAAUCCUGCACAGACUGCUGGAAAUGUUUUUCUAAAGCAUGGUUCAGAACUGCGAAUUAUUCCUAGAGAUCGUGUGGGAAGUUGUUAAUAUCUGCUCCUUGGAAGAUAGGAUUACCUUUCAAAAUAAAUAUUGGCAUUGUUGUGAAACUGAAAUCAGGCAUUUAAAAUAUUAUGAAAACACCAGUGGCUGAUGACAUAAUGAAAGGUGACUUGACUCUGUGUCUCUUGUUAUUCCCACUCUUCUUGUGAAGAGGGAAUUCUUAGCAUUGAGGGCACCAUCUCCACAGAAGAUCUUAAUCUCUCAUUGCUACCUCACAGCCCACGCAGCUAGUUCAUUUGGAGUAAAUGCAUUAUCCCAGUGUGUUUUAUUACUGGAGGAUGCUUCUGAUCAUUCUUUCUGAGAACAUUUGGAAAAAAUGUAUUGAACCUUUCUCCUUCUCUUUGAGUUAAAAUUUUAAGAAGAGUUUGGAUCAUACAUGGCAGUUUGCUUGACAGCAUCUGACUUGCAGACUCAAAACAUAGUUGAAUUCUUAAUUACAUAUCGUUUAGAUAAAGGAUACGGACAUAUCCAUGAAUCCUUAACUGUCUGAACUUUUUUUUUUUUAAGUUUCAAGUUUCAUGUGUUCAUAUGAAUUUUAAUUGAGUAUCAAGGAGUCAGAAAUUGCAUUUUUUGAUCUAGCCCUUAUAUGUAAAAUCGAUAUCCCACACCACAGAGAAUCCAAUGCUUGUAAUGGUGAGAACUGAAAAUAAAGUGGAAGCAUCCUUUACUGAGUUAUGCAUUCCUUUAUCAUUUCCUUUAAUAUAGCCUUUAAAACAGGAAUCCCCAAGAAACACUGUCUUUCUGAGGCUAUUUCUAAGUAGCAUUCAGGAAGAGAGUAUUGUAAAGGAGACAUAAAGUUCACAACAAAGCUCAAGAAAAUACUAACUGGAAAUGUUGAUUAAUUAUACUCACUGAAGGCCCAACAUUUAAGGAAGUGUUAAGAUUAGUCAAAUGAACAAGGAGCCAGGAAAGGGAAGAUGGGGAAGCACAGGUGACCAGGCUUCUAGUAAGGAGGAAAGGAACAAAAAACCAUGAAGGGGAGCAGAAGGCCAUAGCCGAGUGUCACUGAAAUAGCCAGCUGGGGAGGCGAAAGGGCAGAGGCUUUGUUGGGAGAAGUGCAGGGGAAAAAGACUCAGCAUUGUCGUGAGGAACAGAGGGAAUUGGAGAGAGCAAAGUGUCGGCCAUGUCUACAUACAGAUUUCAGAAUUCCUGAGAAGCUAAAGAAUGAUAGGUGUAAGAGACAAUUUUAUUUGCCCUUACAGAGGAAAUCAAAGUCUAUACAAAUCUUUAAAAAUUAAAUGAAGGCUCAGAGUGAGUCAGAAGCAGUGCCCGAUUAGCUGUGUUCUAGAAGGUGAGCUCUAGAAGGGGUCCUUGAGUCUGCCUUGCUCUUUCUAGACCCGGAAAUGUGGUAGGCUUUCGAUACAUACUUGCUGAGUUUUUCAUGAAUAAAGUAUCUCUAAGACCAAUUUUUAUCUAAGCAUGUUUCAAGAUCUUCCCUAUCAUAGGUCUUAGGUUCAUUGGGGGGAAAAAGUAUAAGGAAAUGCAACAAAAUCAUCAUCUGAAGGGUGACAUUGGUAAUUAAGUUUAAGAAAUUAACCAGAUAUUGUUCCUAUAUUUGACAAAUGAACAGCAGGGUUCUGAAUUAUAAAGGAAAAAAAAAUCUUUGCUGAGGUAGAAAAGCAAAGAUGUUUGGGGAAGUUUUUAUUUUUAUAAAUAAUAUUUGAUGCUCAAAGACCCCCUGGUCCUUAAUAAAUUAAGCCUCAGUUAACCAGAAAUUUAUGAAUACCCAUUCCCUGAAGAUUUUAUUUAAUUUAGAUUCCCCUCCCAUUGUUUCUAGUACAAAAUCUGCCUGCUGUGUUACAUAAAUAAGGUUAUGAUAUUCUGUACCACACAGUAAUUUGUUUAAUAUUUUUGUUUGGUUUUGAAAAUUUUAUUGUAGUAUGUUCUUAAAAACAUUUUCUUAAAGAACUAGACAUUUUGUUAUUAAAUGUGAUCUGUAAGAUUUGUGCAGAAUGUUUUGAAGUAUUGUAUUUCAUUUAAAUGCAUUACUGACACAUAAUAUCUUAUGAAAAUACAUUGUGUUGUACCAUAAACCAUAUUUUCUA